CGCGAUAACAGCAUAGUCCAGUGCUAUCGUAACCAACCAUCUACUCUUUAGGACCGCUACUUCUAGUCUUCUACGCGGUCAUCCUAUUUUCUUGUCUUGUCCAUUUCUUUCGCAAUCAACGCGCUAUGUAUCUGCUGCGUUCACUGUUCUCUCGCAGCUCAGAUUUGCUCGCAAGCGAACAAUGUAAACUGGUUUCAUCCACUGUACCCGUUUGUGUUAAAGACUUGGUCGUGGUUGCAGGCUGUCUGAUCGUCUUUUGUUUGUUCGCAUUUUGGAUCGUUCCUAGGGUCUGGAGAAAACGAUGCAGAAGCACAUGCACUGAUAGACGGCAAGCUCACGACCGUUUUCAUGUUGUAUCACCUAUGAACGACUCUCUUCUUGUAAAACACGGCAUCGUUCCCUCUCUCAGCAAGCCCAAGGAAGUGCGGACGACGGGCGUGUCACGGAUGUCCACUGCCUAUUAUUCGGAAUCCACCCCCGACUUCAAGUACUCGUCUGAUUUCAUUGGUGAUUCGGCUUUCAACGGCGAUCCACCGUCGUACACAAUACCAUCUUUUCAUCCGAAGAUUUCUUCGCGGCAUUCAAACUGCGCUUGUCAGGCUCCGCUUUUGACUAAUAACGUGUACGAUACGUGUGGUCACCGCGGUGAGUUGCAGGAGAUGUUAUAAAGCCCACGAAGCAGGCUUCGAUGCAUCAGGCGAUCUCUUCCAUUAGACGGCAACCUCUGCAUUCUAGCUCGAUCGAUAUGAGAGGCAUGUAACACAACACGUGUGUAUGCCUUGUUGAUGCCGUGCAUCGUUACUGUAAUUGUUU